AUGAGAGAAUUCAAUGAAUGUUUGAAUUAUUAUGGUCUCAUUCAAGCUCCGAAAUCUGGUUUGGAGUUCUCUUGGUGCAAUAACAGAGCAGGGAAAAAAAGAUUCAUUUGCAAUCUAGAUAGGGAAGUGUUUAAUGACAAAUGGUUGGAAUUAUAUCCUAGCUGGGGUUACAAAGUUGGUAUAAGAAGCAUCUCAAAUCAUGGAGUUCUUUAUGGUGCAAAUGCUGAUAUCCCAAAGCCUAGGAAUGUUCCUUUUAGAGAACUAAAGGUUUGGAAAUCUCAUCCUGACUUUUUAAAGAAAAUUCAAGCUUCUUGGAAUAAAAUGAUUAGAGGAAAUCCAAUCUAUAUCUUUAUAAACAUUGUUCUUCUGAAUAAUUUAGUUACAGCUAGAGGAAAGCAGGAGGUCCUUGUUAAGCAACAAAAAGAAAUAAAUCAACAGAAAUCAAGAGUAAAGUGGCUGAAAGAAGGAGCUUCAAACUCAAAUUUCUUUCAUAUAAACAUGAAACUGAGACAAUCACAGAAUGUAAUUGUUGAAUUAGAAGAUGAAAAUGGGAAUAUAGUAGAUAUCCCUCAUCUUGUGAGUGAAGAAGAAAAUGUUUUCUUAGAUGCUAUUCCAUCCGAUGAAGAGGUGAAAAGAGCAGCUUUUGAGAUUGACCCGGAUAGUGCCCCUGGACCAGAUGGCUUUGUAGGGUGGUUUUAUAGAUAUGCUUGGGAAAUAAUGGGUAAUGACUUAACAAAAGCUAUUCAGUAUUGCUGGAGAUGUGGGUUUAUUCCACAAGGUUUCAAUGCAAAUUUUUUACUACUUCUUCCAAAAGUCAACAAUGCAAAAAAAGCUGGCCAGUUUAGACCAAUUGGAUUAAUGAACUUCAGUUUUAAAGUGAUUACUAAGAUUAUAUCCUCAAGAUUUGGAAGUUUAAUACAAAGAAUUGUAUCUCCUCAACAAGAUGACAUAUUUUUGUUCUGCAAUGGUGAUAAAAGAAAUGUUAAGAAACUAGCAGCACUGCUCAAAGAUUAUCAAGAUGCUUCAGGUCAAAUCUUCAAUCUUGCAAAAAGUAAAUGUUUCAUUGGUGGAACUAGUGAGCUGAGAAAACAAAAAAUUGCUAAUGAAUGCAGAAUGCUUCUUGCUACUUUUCCAGACAAGUAUUUAGGUAUAAUACUAACACCAGGAAGAAUCAAAUCUCAGCAUGUUUGGAAUUGUAUAGAGAAAAUACAAGCAAGCUUAGCAGGAUGGAUGGGUGACCCUGCAAAAAGAAAGAGUAUUGUGCUAAAAUGGGACAAGGUAUGUUCUCCAUUUGAAGAAGGUGGUCUUGGGUUGAGAAUAUUGGAGAUCAUGAAUAAACCAAUGCUUAUGAAGCUUUGGUGGAAAAUGUUAAAUAGUAAAGAAGAAUGGGCAAGAUACUUUCAAGGAAAAUUCUUAACCAAGAAUGGUGAGUGGAUUGGGUACUAUAAGAAAUCUUCUAUACUUCCAGGCUUGAAAUGGAUUUCAGAAGAUGUGAAAAAUUCUACAAGAUGGAUAGUUGGUAAUGGUGCAAAGAUAUCAGUUUGA